AUCUUGCCACCAACAACCCACACAACGACAAUGCUGCGCACCUGUGCCGCGCGACUGCUCACUGCUCCUCGGGGAGCGCGAACGCUGUCGGCGAGCGCGCCAUCGCUCAUCAGGGUCAAGAAGCCCGAGGGUGCUGCUCCUCCUGCCACGCCGUCUUCUCCACCUCCGGCAACGCCCAAGCCCGCCGCCGCCGCCGACUCGGCACCUGCCGAGCCCCCGCUGCCCGCUGCGGGCGCGACGACUGCGGGCCUCGCGGACGCCCAGGCGGCCGCUUACGAGGCGCAUGAGGCGCGCGAGGACGCCGAGGAGAUCCUCGCCACGCCCGACCUCUCCAAGCUCCCCUCGCUCGACAUCGACCCCGAGGCCAACCCGAACGCGUCGAUCGCCGAGCCCAAGUCCGAGGCCAAGGACAAGGCUGAUGCUGCUGCUGGCGGUGCUGACCGCAAGGGCCGCCCCCGCAAGGAGUACGUCUCGAGCAUUGAGCGCCAGCGCCGCCUCAUGUCGCGCCUCGGCUUGACGGCCCUGCUCCUCGGCGGCGUCGGAACGGCGUACUACCUCGGCCAGCAGAAGGGCGAGGAGAACGCCGGCAACGCGUGGGACAACUUCAAGCGCAACUUUACCGAGCUGAGCGACGUCUUCUCCAAGCCCGCCUUCACGCAGCUCCUCCCCGACCCCCUCCCGCCCCCCCACCAGCGCCCGUACACGCUGCUGGUUGACCUCGACGGCCUGCUCGUCCACUCGUCGUGGGACCGCCAGCACGGCUGGCGCACGGCCAAGCGCCCCGGUGUCGACUACUUCCUCGCCUACCUGUCCCAGUUCUACGAGAUUGUCCUCUUCACCUCGCAGCCCAUGUACACUGGCCUGGCGGUCGCCGAGAAGCUCGACCCCUUCACCCUCUACCUUCCUUACAAGCUCUUCCGCGAGUCGACGCGCUACAUUGACGGCAAGGUGGUCAAGGACCUGUCAUACCUCAACCGUGACCUCUCCAAGACCAUCCUCCUCGACAUCAACUCGGACCACGCCGCGCUCCAGCCCGAGAACGCCAUCAUCGUCAAGCCAUGGGAGGGCAAGGCGGGCGACAAGGGCCUUGUCGAGCUCAUCCCCUUCCUUGAGUCCAUUGGCAUCUUUGCCCCUGCCGACGUCCGCCCCGUGCUGAAAAACUAUGCGGGCAAGGACAUUCCCAAGGAGUACGCCAAGCAGGAGGCGGCGAUGAAGGAGCGUGCCAUCGCCGACUGGGAGCGCACGCACCCCAACGCGGCGGCCGGCGCCGGCUCGGGCUUCCUCUCGGGCCUGUUCGGCGGCGGCGGUGGCCAGCAGACGCGCCCCACCGAGCCCAAGACGUACCUCGAGAUCAAGCGUGCGCAGGCGCAGCGCGCGUACGAGGAGGAGCAAAAGUACUACAAGGAGCAUGCGGAGGAGUUUGCCAGGUUGAUCGAGGAGGACAAGCAGCGCCAGAUGGCCGAGAUGAAGGGCUCGAUUGCGGGCUUCUUUGGCGGCCCAGCUCCUGACCAGGCUGCCCAGCCGCCCGCCGAGGCGCACCCCGCCCAGAAGUAGGAACUUCGUCAUUACACUCUUUAAAAUCAAUCAGCAUCCCGUUGCGUAGCAUCCGUAGCACAUGCAGACAGCUCUGCUCA